GUUAUAUAGAAGUGCUUCUCUUCUCUUCAUAGUCUUUCGUAGAGUUCAUUCCCACAGCCUGCAGGAGCUACCCGGGCCAGGGUUAGCAAGAAACCCUGAAAGCAAGAGAGAAAUCCUCAUGAGAUGGAGGGUCAUGACAAUCAUAUCAACAUCCUCAUGACUGAGGACGUGGGCCAGAAUGGGACGAGUAGACAGACUGUCAUCACCAAAGAUCCGGUCCCACAGCAGCACGGAGCCACCGUGAGCUUCCACAACAUCUGCUACAGUGUGACGAUCAAGAGUAGGUCCUGUAAGAAGAAGAGCGUGACUAAGGACAUCUUGGUGGACCUGAACGGAAUUAUGAGACCUGGUUUAAACGCUAUUUUAGGUCCUACAGGAAGCGGCAAAUCUUCGUUUUUGGAUGUGCUUGCAGCGAGGAAAGACCCCUCAGGUCUCUCUGGUGAAGUCCUGAUCGAUGGAGCUCCACAGCCAUCCAAUUUCAAAUGUCUCUCUGGCUACGUUGUACAGGACGACACAGUAAUGGGCACUCUGACCGUGCGGGAGAAUCUACGCUUCUCGGCUGCGCUCCGUCUAUCAUCCUCCAUAAAACAGAAGGAAAAGGAGGCCAGAGUUAAUCGUCUCAUUUCAGAACUAGGCCUCAGUAAAGUGGCAGACAGAAGGGUGGGCACUCAGCUGAUCCGUGGCAUCUCCGGAGGCGAACGAAAGAGGACCAGUAUUGGUAUGGAGAUGAUCAUUGACCCGUCAGUACUGUUCCUGGAUGAACCCACCACAGGCCUGGAUGCCAGCACUGCCAACUCAGUUCUACUGCUGCUCAAACGAAUGGCCAAUAAUGGACGUACCAUUAUCAUGUCUAUCCACCAGCCACGCUACUCCAUCUACCAGCUCUUUGAUAACCUCACACUGCUGGUCAGCGGCAAACAAGUCUACCAUGGACCGGCCCACAAGGCACUAGACUACUUCGCCAACCUUGGUUAUGAAUGUGAAGCCCAUAACAACCCAGCGGAUUUCUUCCUAGAUGUCAUCAAUGGUGACUCUGUUGCUGUGACUACAGCCAGGCUGCAGAUUACAGAAGAUAUAGAGUUUGAAGACUCUGGAGACACAAGACAGAGCAUUGAAGAACGUCUGGUGGAGGAAUACAGGAAAAGCAACGAUGCCCAGGAAACCAAGGCUGAACUGGAACGUAUCAUGAGGGGCAAAGAAUACAGCACUAAACCCAAGUUCCGCACCAUCACCUACAACUGCGGUUUCUUCCACCAGCUACACUGGGUCGUGAAGAGAACUUUCCGGAAUCUGGUGUUGAACCCCCAGACCUCCAUUGCACAGGUGGCAGUCUCCACUUUCUUGGCACUCAUUGUUGGCGCCAUUUUCUUCGGAGUGAAAUUAGACCAGAGCGGCAUACAGAACAGGUUCGGAGCUCUAUUCUUCGUUACGACCAAUCAGUGUUUCAGUACACUGUCAGCUGCUGAGCUUUUCAUCACAGAGAGGAAGCUCUUCAUACAUGAAUACACCAGCGGCUACUACAGAGUGUCUGUAUACUUCCUGUCAAAGAUCCUGUCUGACGUAAUCACUCUGCGUACCAUUCCUGCCGUAGUCUUCACCUGUAUUGUCUACUUUAUGAUUGGAUUUAAGUCCACUCCAUCAGCAUUCUUCAUAUACAUGUUGACGGUGAUUCUAGUGGCAUACACAGCCACAGCAUUGACCAUGGCUAUCUCUGUUGGUCAGCCUGUUGUGGCCGUCGCAAACAUCUUCAUGACCAUCACCUUUGUCUUUAUGAUGAUCUUCUCUGGUCUCAUGGUGAAUCUGGACACUGUCGUGGCCUGGCUCGCCUGGCUUAAAUACUUGAGCAUCUCACAUUACGGACUCAUGGCUUUAGAGAUCAAUGAGUUUGUGGGACUGACUUUCUGUGAGAAACUCUAUGAGGAGGUACUAUUCAACACCACUCAGGGCAUCGUCUGCACAGGUGAGCAACAUCUCAAAGUGCAAGGAAUUGACUACUCAACAUGGGGAUUAUGGCAGAACCACGUGGCCCUCAUAAUUAUGACCAUCAUAUUCCUCAUCAUCACCUACAUCAAGCUCAGGUUAAUGCGCAAAUUCUCCUGAGUACUGAGACACUCGUCCCUUGGACUUGUCUUUGCUGCAGAGACACUAGGUUCUUUUCUUUUCAGCUUGAUAUAGUAGAUUUCCAGGCUAUUCCCACAUUAACACCUACAGCUUGUUCUGCAUUUGGUCAGAUUCCCAAAAGCUGCUAGUAAUGAUGAAGGAUUUCAUUUUAAAUGAUACAACUUCACGUAAACGAUACCUUCAGGCCAGGUUUUCUAAGAAAUUCACUCGGCAGCUAAAUCCAUAAAGCUAUGACACAAAGUAUUUAGAGCUAGGCUAUUUUUUUUUCUAUGUAGAUUAUAAAUAAUGUUUUAGUCAAUUUAACAUAACUGUAAAUAGUGAUGUGAUGUAAUAUGUUGUAUUCAUGUUCACAAUUCUAUUUUAUCAACACAUAAAGCAUCAGAUAACAUGCACAUGAAAUAAUUUUCUCUAACUGAAUCUCAAAUUUGUGUUUAUUCCUGAUUAUGUGUUCCUCUGUGUUUUGAAGGACUUUAACAGUAUAAGGCAUUUCUCAAUAAUAAUAAUAAUAACCUCUGCUGCAACUCUCUUCACUUUAAGACCUAUAUAUAAGCAAACAAUUAUUAUUAACUAUUAAUAUAGGUUUUUUUUCAUUAUCAUGGUGAUCCUGGCACACAGAACUCAGAAUCAAGCGUUCCGCUCGAGCUCUCAUAUCAGCUUAAUUAUUUCAUUUAAUGCUCAUGUUUUGCACGCUAUAUUCUCAUGACACAGAUAUUCCUGUGGGAUUUGUAAACAUGAGCACACGGUCCGGACCAAACCGAUUUAAUCCUGCACUUCAAAGCGGACUAAUCUGUUUUAAUGUGGCUUAAUCCCUCACUACACAUCAGUCACACUGGAGAUCAGCCUCACACAGACUUUUCACUCAGGAGUAGCUGUGAAAACCUGCAUGACAAGGUGCCCCAAUCCAAUGUGCUGAGGUGAUCACUGACCCAAGUUGGUCAUUGCUAUAAUUGUGGACAUGGCACUCUACUCCUAGCUCAUCAUCGUCACUGACUUAUUUGACUGUCUAGACUGUCUAGUAGGAACAUCAUGGACUAGACACUGCUGUAAGGAUGCUGAUGAAGGAAAAAACAGUAACACUGACAGUAAAGAAAGUCCGGAAGAAAUAUACCCUGACAUGAAAACUGCAACUUCAGCUAUACGAGUCAAACAAGCACACCAUAAGCUUCCCAUGAAAGCAGAUGCACUCCGGAUUGAAGUUUAUUUCAAAGUUACAAUAGAUUAAAUAAAUAAGUGACAUUAAUAAGGAUUACAUCACCAGGGAUAACUUUUACAUGAGAGAGCAUGACGCUUGUGCAACUAUAUUAACUUAAAGCAACUACAAAUGUGUGAAAAAUUAAUAAAUACUUUGUGAAAUAUUGAGUGCGAGUCAAUUUAAAAAAUUGACCUUCAUUGUAUGAUGCCUUCACUUAAAUUAGUAACUAAAUGGAAAAAUGAUAAAUGUACACUUAUAUCAUCCUUCAGUUUUUUUUUUUUUUUUAGCUGUUUAUAUACCCUGAAAUGGAAGCUGUGUUGUUUUGGUGCUCUGCCUAGAUGAAAUUCUAUCAUCUAAAUGUUUUUUCUCUCUCUCUCUUGUUUUAAUGUAAUAUUAUCACUUUCUUGUCACAUUAUAAGAAUAUAGAGGUGAGGCUAUGGAGGUGGAGCUCCCAAUCACAGCUAUAGACACCAUAUUUUCCAUCCAAGGAAGGCCAGUCAUUGAAAUAUAAGCAGAGCGCUGUUGAUGGAUAUGAGCUUCCAUGUUGCGUUUCAGAAUCAACCAUUUCAGCUGAGCUACCAGCUCAUCCACCAUAACGUUUGGUACCAAGAUUGUGUAAUUUUCACAGCACUGAAGCUGGAAAAGUCAUUUGCAGGCUGUUAAUUGAAGCGUGAUGCUGUUGUUGAUCAUCGGUUUUUGCGUUAUCUAUGGAAAACUAGACUAGAUGACUAGUAACUUCUCCUUGCCGGGUUCCUUGGUGGUCCAGCAGAUAGGAUCCUGUAAAGUUGGCUGUUUUUGCUACAGGGGCACUGUAUCAUGUC